AUGUGGUUAAACAGUGUUCGAGAGUUCAUCCUCAAUUAUUCCUGGCUAUCGACACCCAUCAUUGCAGCAAUUGGAUGGUUCCAAACCUGGGUUAUCGCUUCUAUUUUUCUUUCCAUGGGAAAAUCCAACGAGAUUGUUGAAGCCAUUGAAGAGUCACGACUACAGAGUUCCUUCGUGAGAUAUUAUAAUGAACACAGAGAAGACCCAGAGCAAAGGUAUACGGGUCUAGCAAAGCGCACAGUACUUGCUGCAUGGCUUGCAGAUCAUUCCACCGCAACUCCUAAAAAGGCCGUCGGCGUAAUGUCGAUGGAUCCAGGGCUCAGCACACAGCUUUUUGAUCUUUAUCACUCCGUCUGCAAUGCGGGCUACCUUGCAUACCUAUCAUUCCUCAUUCAAAUCGUCGGCUCUCUCUACGGUAUCGUGACAGUCUCGAUCAUUUGGGCAGAUGAUGCGCAUCUCGAACAACAAGCUUAUGGCGUCCAACUGCAACAACAACUCGCCGCCCUCACUAUCAACCGCGGGAUGUGGUCCAUUGCAGCUCUUGGCGCAUUCUUCCCGUGGGCACCUCUUCACGCUCUCUACUUUACGACGGCUAUUGCUGUUGCACUAGAAUUCCUCUUCGCUACCAGGGGAUUCCUCAUUGGCUGGCAUAUGAGCAUACUUCCUGGUAUCCUCCGUUUCUUUGUUGUUUUUUUCGUGGCUGCUUCCAAGCGCGGAGGCGCUGACACUAAUAUUCGGUAUGAUAUUGCCCUUUUUGUUUGCAUUAUCGCAAUGAAGAUGGAGGUUUCAUUCAUCUCCGCCAAGGUGAUCAUCUUCGGACUCCCGGCACUGUGGUUAAUGAUCGGGCCCUUGCUCAUCAUCGGGGCAUCGUUGGGAUCGCACUUUGGCAUGUUGAAUUGUCUUGUCGCAGAUUCUACUAGUAGCUUGUGCGCUACAGCUUAA